AUGCAUCUUUCACUUUUUAUAUGCCUUCUCUUCGGCGAAGCGAACGCCGCAACUUUGGACUUUAUUCGGCCACGAGAUGAUUCGGCCUCGUGGCGGCUGUACGUUCUGGGAUUGAUAGGGGUUUGUUCGCUGGCAUGGGGCAUCUAUCGAAUGUGGAUAUAUCCCUUCUUCAUAAGUCCACUUCGACACCUGCCAGAACCCAAGGGAGCCCACCCAUUUAUCGGACACAUGGUGGCGAGAUUAAGCCAACCUCCUGGAGAACAACAAGCUCGAUGGGUAAAGGAGGUACCGAAUGACGGUCUGAUUCGUGUCAGAGGCUUCUUGAACUCCGAAGCACUGUGUAUAACCACCCCACAAGCUAUCGCUGAAGUCCUGGUGACCAAAAACUACGACUUUAUCAAGCCUCAGAGAGCAGCACAGUUUCUCGCAAGAAUCUUAGGGGACGGAUUGGUAGUGGUUGAAGGCGAUGUGCACAAGUUUCAACGCAAACACAUCCAGCCAAGCUUCAGCUUUCGUCACAUCAAAGAGCUGUAUCCUAUUUUCUGGCAGAAAUCAGUUGAAGUUGCGGACAGGAUCAAAACUGACCUCAUCAAUGGGAGAAGCUCGGGUAUUCUAGGCGUCAGCGAUCUCGCCUUCUGGGCUCCGAAGGUAACCUUGGAUAUCAUCGGGGCAGCCGCCAUGGGACAUGACUUUCACACGAUCAACGACAAUGAUGAAGAGCUUGUUCACCUAUACGAACGGAUCCUAACCCCGUCUCGUGAACUACAGCUUUUUUUCGUACUGAAUCUCAUAGGACUUAAGUGGCUGUUGCGAUUUAUGCCUUGGGUUGACACCGACAGUUGGUUGACCCAGCAGACGGACAAGCUCAGGACUCUUUGUAGGCAGUUCGUCGCCGAGAAGAAGAGGUCCAUGAAAGUCGACGGAGAAGGGUCCGCCGACUUGCUGUCGAAGCUGAUCGAGUCCAAUAAUUUCUCUGAUGAAGAGUUGGCUGAUCAACUUCUCACGUUCCUUGCCGCUGGGCAUGAAACAACCUCAUCGACGCUGGAGUGGGCAGCAUACUUGCUCGCUCGCCAUCCAGAGAUACAAACCCAGCUACGGGAGGAAAUACGCGCCAACAUCCCUCGAGACUUUGUGAUUGACACCCAGGCUUUUGACCUUGCAGGAACUUUGGAGUCGAUGCCCAUCUUGAAUGGCGUCUGUAACGAGACCUUUCGUUUGUAUUCAACUGUUCCUCAGACUUUGCGGGUCGCUGUCAGACCGACCACCAUACUGGGAUACCCGCUGAAAAAAGGAACUAUGAUCAUCCUCAGUCCUCAUGGGAUCAACCGCUCGCCGCAACUUUGGGGUCCAGACGCGGAGGAGUUCAAGCCCUCUCGUUGGAUUGACAAAGGCACUGGCAAGCCAAACAAUUCGGGAGGCGCACAAAGUAACUACUCGAUGAUGACGUUCUUACACGGUCCGAGAAGCUGCAUUGGACAGGGUUUCGCUAAGGCAGAGUUGCGUGCUUUGCUCGCUGUGCUGACCGGGACUUUUAAUAUGGAACUAAAAGAUCCGAACUAUCGUCCUCUCCGUGCCGGCGCGGUUACCACGAAGCCUUCUGAAGGCAUGCCCUUAAAACUUACGACGAUUUGA